AUGGACACAAUAACCCUGCAGGCCUUGCGAGAAUCUUUCGACGACUCGCGAAAUGAUUUCGUGUUAUACAUCGAGGGACUGGCUGCCGGGGAUAUUUCAGGCCUGGACGUCGCGACAAUCCAAACCGAGCUUCGUCGUAUAGCUAACACACUCUCUGGAUGGACGGAGCAUUCAGAUCAUCCCAACGAGCUGACUUGCGGCUGUUUUUCGGACCGGUGCUGCAACCUCUCAGAUAUUAUAGUCGAGAUCGCUGAGCUGGUCACUAUCAAGGACGGGCAGCUCCCUCUCACAGUUUCGAAGAUGUUCAAUAUGCUGUCUAUGCAGAUAGGACGACUUACUAUUGACGGCUAUUCCGAGGAGGAUGAGUAUGCGCGGAGCUUUGAUCGCAUGGCCAAGGAUGAAGAUCGUAGAUGGCAGAUUGGGUCCCAGGGACCGGAUGACGGUAGAGCUGCACUUCUUUUUGGCCUUUGGACUCGUAUGAAUCGCUUCCCGAAGCCUGGUCCCAAUUGCACGCCCGAGUGCCCGGGUGCACAUGCCGGUAAUUUUUGA